GCACUUUUCUCGUUACAGGUUGCAAUUUCGGAAUUUGCGGCGCUAAAUUCGGAAAUCUCGCUACCUCCAGCAACGGAUAAUGAUUCGCCAGCGCUUUCUGUAGUCAAGUACCAUAUAGUCUCGGGAAAUGUUAACAAUGCAUUCAAACUAUCAAGCAAAAGGAUUAAUUCGAUGCUGUACGUGGAUUUGAUUGUGAAUGGACAGUUGGAUCGGGAAUAUCGUGACCGUUAUGAAUUGCUUAUUGAAGCUGUGGACGGUGGAAAUCCUGCAAGGGCCGGUACAAUGCUUGUCAACGUAACUGUGCUGGAUGCAAACGACAAUGCGCCCGAGUUUAGUCAAUCAAGGUACAAUGCUACAGUGCCCUGGAACGCAUCCGUAGAUUAUGUGGUGACAACAAUCCAUGCAACGGAUCCGGAUCUCGGUGAAAAUGCACGAGUGGCUUACUCAAUUGCCAAGAAUCGUGCUGAUUUGAAGCUGCCAUUCAAAAUUGACGGUGAAACGGGUAUUGUACGGGUUGCUGAUUCAAAUAUUCUAAUUUCUGGUUCUAUUUAUGAGCUGCUCAUUGUUGCCAGUGAUCAUGGACUACCUCAGCCUCUGGAAUCCACUGCUUUCCUCAGUAUUACAGUGCAGAAAAACAAUCAGCCGAAGCUGGAUUUUGAUAUUUUUUGGCUAACAGAUAGUGGCAAACCGGAGAUAUAUGAAAAUCUUACACUGGGUCAUGUCGUUGCCCGAAUUGCUGUUCAAAAUGCACCACCAGAAAGCGUAUUAUCAGUGACUGGAUGCGAUUCACUGUGCAUUAAGGAAACAGAUACGCCUGGGGUUCAUUUGGCCAUUGCAUGUGGACCGUUUGAUCGCGAGCAGAAAUCGGACUACAACUUGCUAUUUGUUAUGAAAUCACAGCAAAAAAGGCUGCUGGAAUUCCCCGUAUUUUUUGAGGUGCUUGACGUUAAUGACAAUGCACCGCAGUUCGAACAACCGUUGAUAUGGGUAAUAUUCAACCGGUCCAAUGAGAACUCUGAAAUGGUACGGAUUCAGGCAGUAGAUCCGGAUAGCGGCGAAAAUGCCCGAGUACAUUACAAUAUUUUGGGUACAAGCUUAUUCGAUAUUGAUCCUGAUACCGGUAUAUUGAAUCUUCGGGAAAGCUCGGACUGCAUAUUUCUGGAGCACCGCUUUCGAGUUCGUGCUGAAGAUUCCGGUUUUCCAGUUUUGUCGUCUACAGUUGACGUGGUUGCUCGAAUAAUUGACACCAGCGACCGUCCACCUAUUUUUGGAAAACCGCUAUACGAUGUGGUCGUUAAGGAGAACGCCACACCGGGAACAUGUUUGCUCAAGGCUGCUGCUCCGGAUUGUUAA